AUGCGCGAUCAUCGGAAAUCGAUUUAUCUGGACGAAACGCAUGAAUGGAAUGCUCAGAAAAUCGAGCCAUGUUUAGGGAGAUUUCAAUAUGACAAGUUUAUGAACGAUGAUCGGGUAUUACAUGACUUCUUGACGUGUGUUUGUCGAGAUGGUAUAGCUCUGCUCUCUGGAUGUACGCAAGAUGCGGUUGCUCAGAUUGGAAAACGUAUCGGUUUCAUCCAUCGAACUCAUUUUGGUACAAUAUUUGAAUUGCAAACGAAAUCGGAUGCCAGUAAUAUGGCGUAUGCCUCAACCAAAGAAUUACCUUUCCAUACGGAUUUUCCAUCGCUCAGCGAUCCGCCGCAGUUACAAAUGCUGCAUAUGUUGCAAAGCGCUGAUCAAGGAGGCCACAAUUUAUUCGUCGAUGGAUUUUAUAUAGCCGAACAGAUGCGCACUCAUCAUCAAAAAGAAUUCGAAGUGUUAAGCCGCGUUAACAUCGAGUAUAUCGAGCAAGGUUACGACAGCCACCCAAUGGAAAACGGCGAAUCAGAAACUACUGAUUCAAAUGGUCACGUGAAGAAGAUUCAAUUCGGGAAUGCAAUGCGAAGUUGGCUCUAUGACUGUCACGUUGACGAGAUUCAGUCCGUUUAUCGUGCUAUGAAACUUUUCACUGAACUCUGCUACAGACCCGAGAAUAUUCUCGAGUUACAACUUCAGAAUGGUGAUACAGUUUUAUGGGCCAAUACCAGGUUGUUGCAUACCCGAACUGCGUUCACCGCUUCAGCGGAAAGACCUCGAACGCUGAAAGGAUGCUACUUCUCAUGGGAUAUAGUCAAGUCACGUGUACGCCAACUUCGCGACAAACUCGCUCAUCCCUUAAACCAACCUUGUGUUUAA